GUACAAGUUCUUUUUGUAUAUACUAAACCCUAGAAAUACCAUAUUAACAACUAUAUACCUAUCAAACCCAUUUUCUCUCAAUCCAUUGAUUCUCUUUCUCUCUCUAAGAGAGAUAAUGGCGAUCGCGCCUGGAAAGUACUCAGAAUCUGGGGGUACUGAUGGUGGUGGUGGAGGAGGAGGAAUUGGUGGUGCAGCAGCCUUUUCGUCUGCAGCCAUGAACAACGGUGGAAUCCGGGGUAAAGGUAUCAUGUUAUUUGGAGUUAGAUUAAUGGAAGGAGGGGGAGGAGGAUCUUCAUUCAGGAAGAGUGCAAGCAUGAAUAAUCUCGUUCAGUAUGACGAACAGCCACAGGAAUCAAAUAUUGAUGCUGCCGGAUAUGCCUCCGAUGACGUCGUUCAUCUCUCAGCGCGAAGUCGAGAGAGGAAGAGAGGAGUGCCAUGGACGGAGGAGGAACACCGGUUGUUUUUGGUCGGAUUACAGAAGGUAGGGAAAGGAGAUUGGAGAGGAAUUUCCAGAAACUUUGUAAAAACACGCACUCCGACUCAGGUGGCUAGCCAUGCUCAGAAGUACUUUCUCCGGCGAACCAACCACAACAGGCGACGCCGGAGAUCCAGCCUCUUUGAUAUUACCACUGAUACGUGCCUGAAUUCGUUAAAUGAUGAUAUGAAUCAAAAGACAUCACCAAAUUUAAAAUACGAGCCGGAAAAAUACGUUAUGACAUCUUUUCCAUUAAUUCCAAGUCGACUACAACUCACUGGAGGCGGAGAUCAUAACUCAAUAGACACUCUGACACUCGGACGUCCAUCUACAACCAAACAAGCGGGAAAUCUUAUGCCUCCAAUCCCCAUACCACCAUCUACCAAAAUGGCCAAACUCAAUUUAAGCACAUCGGAUAAUUACAAACAUCGUGAACCACCACUGCCCUUAACACUAAAUCUCACCACAUCCACUUCCAUCUCCACACCCACAACCUCUUCUGACCAACAAUCAUCAUCACCCUCAAGACAUAUUGUUGUCAAAUUUCAAGAAAUGUCUGACAUUGAUUCCAAAGAAGAUGGACAAACUUCUAAAGCAAAGGUGUCUCAUAAGUCGUCCAAAAGUCAAGCAACUGGACCUUCCACUUUAACAGGCACAUCAGUACCUCGACUUGCUAUGGCUAUAUCAAACUAUAUUGCACUUCUUAAAACUCAGGAACAACCUCAAGAAGUUUGUGUCAUUGUUGAAUAUUUGCAAAAAUUCCCACUGAGAUAUGCACUCUUAACUACUUCUCCAACUCCACAGUCUCUUAUUUCACACGUCUUUCAAUCUGCAGCUAUAUCGCCAAGAGCAAAGUCAAAACAACUUGAUAUUGAAUUUAACCUUUAUCGAACUAACUUGGCUCUUACUAAAGAAGAGUUCACAAUUUUUUUAGGUCUAAGCGAUUGUUCUUGUAAACCUUCAACAUUUGUCACACCUUCUUCUGCUCAACUGUUGACAAUGUUCAAGGCAAUGGGAUACAAAUUUGAAGAAAAAGUUGAACCAAACCUUUCAAAAAUUAUGAAAUAUCAACUUCCCACGCCAUGGCACUUUCUCAGUUUGGUCCCCACUCGAUGUCUUUUCGGAUUUAUUAGUGGACGCAAUCUUGGUAAAACAGAUCUUUGGAUUGUCAUGUUUGAACUUUUCUAUGACAUCAAUGUCGACUACGUGUCUAUUCUUUGGGAAGACUUUCUCACCUUUCUUCUUGCCUCAAAGAAUAGGUUUCUGAUUAAUUAUCCACGUUGGUGGUCUAUCAUUAUUCAUGAUGUCAUCAAUAAUAGUAAUCUUACACUAGAUGCGACUCCAUAA